AUGGAUCGUCGAACUUACGAAAGUCCUAUGGACUGGGAAUACCAGGACAGCGGCCCUUUUGAUCCCACGAGUCCCUUUACACAUGCAGCCAAGAGUAAUUCGCAGAAUGUCUUUCCUUCGCCCUCAAAAUCGAGCUUAAAACCCAACCCUUUCGCAAACUUAGGGACACCUUCGAAACCCAACCCUUUCGCAAAUUUAGGGACACCUUCGAAAUCACAACCACCUCGGGCAUCUUUCUUUACUCCCCAAGUCCCAUCUAGGGCUGCCGCGCCUCCGUUCCGAAACCCUGCUUUUACAACGCCGCGGCGACCAUUCGAGGAUUUAGCAUUGUCUGAAGCUUCAGGUGCAGAAGAUAGUCCUGCCCCAACAGAGGUGUCUGACUUCCCAAACGAUACUCCUGAAGUAGACCAUACCAGCGAUAUCAAUAUGGGUGGUAUGGCAAGUCCCUCCAAGAUUGACAAGUCGCACCGAUACAACAAGACUCCUUUCUCGAGUAAGAAGCACACCCCGGGUCGAGGCGAGAUCAGAGCAAACCGAGACCUCCCCGUAUCCGAGUUUAUUCGCAAACGGAAGCGACACAACCUUGACAGGGACGUCAGCAACAUACCUCGGCAUCGAUGGACAGAGUCAGACUCCGACUCAGGUGAUAGUAUCGCACCACGACGACGAUCGCGCGGCAAGAGAAAUACAAAGGAAGAGCCCAAGGGCUUCCUGGGCUCCCUACUUCAUAUGUUGGAUGAACACCCCAAUGCCCCUGAUAAUCUAUAUCGUUGGGUGAAGUUGCUUGUCAACUUUUUCCUUGUCGCAGUCUUCGUCUAUAUUGGGUGGUCAAUCGUGAGCACUAUCAAGACAGAUAUCGAGAACGCAAAUGAGAUGGCCCGUAUCGAAAUAAUGGGCAGAAUCACUGAGUGUCAGACACAAUACACCAUCAAUGGUUGCUCAAGAAACGACCGCCCCCCAGUGAUUGCAAAACACUGCGAUGAGUGGUUCGAGUGCAUGACGCAAAACCCUGAAGCUAUCAUGAGGGUCAAGGUGACAGCAAAACAAAUCGCGGAGAUCAUCAACGAAUUCUCUGACGCCAUGAACCUCAAGGCUUGGGGUUUCUUCUUCGCUGUCCUCAUUUUCUGUGCCUUUGCGAACAACUUCUUUUUGGGAGGAUAUGUUAACAAGCCGGCGGCGCCCGUUCCAUCACAACCUGCCUCUUCAUCACGCGAGGCAUCAAUGGUUCCAGAGAACGGCCCUGGGUUCAUGUGGGUUCCCGUACAGACACCAAGAAUGAAGCGUCAUAUGAUUCUCGACGAGGGGACGGACACGGACAAUACGCCACCAAAAAUGAAGGCACUACUUCCACCAUCUUUCACGCCUUCGAUCCGCCGAAGCUCAAGCAAAGGAGAUCGAGGUCGCAGCCCUGUCAAGAAUCGGAGCCCAAGUAAGGGACGCCGGGAACCAUUCGCAUAG